CAAGAGCAGUCACUGUCAGGCAUUGUGGGACAAUGCUGCUGUAGGACUGCUAGGGUUAACAUAGAUCUUGCAGUGUCUACACUCACGUCGACCUCAGUGGGGUGAUCGUGGCUCAACACCAUUCAGGGAAGUGGUUUUACCGCCUCAUCAUAACAGAGCGCUUAUGUCAGUCAGAGACAAAUUUGAGUUUAGACACCUGCACAAAUAGAUUGAUACAAGGUGACUGUGAUCCAGUGUGCCUGUGGUAGCCCUUACUGAAAAUGCUAAGGUCAGUGCAAGCUGAAAAAAGGAGAGCAGAUACUCUCAAAACCAGUGGUUAACACUGAAGUUAAACUAACCAACCAGUCACAGACUGUACUUCCGAUCCCCCACACUGGUUAUCAAGAAGUUAAAAAAAGAAAUCACACAGCCCCCUUACUGCAUUCCAGUUCUCUGGCUUCCAAUCAGCACCUAGGUCCAGUACAAUGAGAAGUUAUUUAAAAACCUCUGCUCACUGUACAAAAUGUUAUUCUGAACCCCAAAGUCCCAGUCACAUUGCCAGGUCAUUAUUAGGUUGGAUCUUACCCAAUAUACCAUGCUGCCAGCCAAUCAUUUAGUGUCUAAAAUUAAAGGUUUAUUAUAAAGAAAAAAGAAAGAACAAGAAGGGAGUUGUUAAAUGGUAAAGCAGUCAGAUACAUACAGAAACUUCAAACUCCACAUAUCAGCAUUAGCAGUAUUGGUUGUUUGCUGGCUUGAAAGUCCCACUGGAACACAUCUACAGCUUGGGUGGGUCAUUCAGUCCUUUAUUCAAAGCUUCAUUUAUAGAAAAGUUACCCCAGAGGUAAGAAUUAGGAAUGAAGACAAAAUGGAGAUAGUGCAGCUGCCUUUUAUAGUAUUUGGCCAGGCAGCCAAAUACUUUGUCCCAAAUGCAAGUUUCCCAGCCUAUGGCAUGGAGAAGCCUUAGAGCUCUCUGUCCACAGGCAUACCACAUGCCUUGCUGACUCAUAAGGUGUAUUCCCUGGAUCCUUUCCCUGGGUUCUUCGAACAGGUAGGCAGUGCUGAUGCCAAUCUGUCUGGGGGUGUCUCCCAGAUGCACAGCACAAGUGGGAAUUCUAUCCAAUCUCUGGAUCUAAGAUGGUGAGGAAGGAGAGGCCUAUUCUUCAUUUCAUAAGCUCCAUGUUACACGGGAUCCUGUGGAAGAGAGUGAAUGGGUUGUAAAAGAAAAUGACGAGCUUGUACAUUUCAGCAGCUGUGGAGUUGACAGCAUAAAGAUAGAAGACCUGGCCUGGAUCACAGAUCAUUUCAGACAAUAUGACAGACCCCAUCCGAUGGGCCCGAUAUCGCUGGCAGCGUCUGGUAUCCUCAGAAGGCAGGGAUGGAAGCAACAGCAGCUCCUCUUGUGACAAGUGUUAUCAAUCAUCCAAAGUGCCUAGCAGACAUAGGAUAGUUAUACCAUGUCUGGGACACUUUAAAGAAGAGUAUGAAAAGGUAUCAAAAUUAUAUAUGAACAACAGAAUACGGACUACUAAAUACACUUUAUUCAACUUUCUACCACGGAAUUUAUUUGAACAGUUUUACAGAGCUGCCAAUUUAUAUUUCCUAUUUUUAGUUGUCCUGAACUGGGUUCCACUGGUGGAAGCCUUCCAGAAAGAAAUUACCAUGUUACCUCUCGUAGUUGUUCUCACAAUUAUUGCAGUUAAAGAUGGCCUUGAGGAUUACUCAAAAUACAAAUUAGAUAAGCAGAUAAACAACUUAUUAACUAAAGUAUAUAGCAGGAAAGAGAAGAAAUACGUAGAUCAGUGCUGGAAAGAUGUUAACGUCGGGGACUUCAUUCGACUUUCAUGUAAUGAGAUAAUUCCUGCUGAUAUGGUGGUGUUAUACUCUGCUGAUCCAGAUGGGAUCUGUCACAUUGAAACAGCCAGCCUUGAUGGAGAGACCAAUCUGAAGCAGAGGCAGGUGGUGAGAGGAUAUGCAGAGCAGGUCUCUGAAAUUGAUCCAGAGAAGUUUUCAAGUAGAAUAGAAUGUGAAAGUCCUAACAAUGACCUCAGUCGAUUCUGUGGCUUUGUUGAACAUUCAAACAAGGAGCGAGUGGGCCUGAAUAGAGAGAACUUGCUGUUACGAGGAUGCACAAUCAGAAACACAGAAGCCGUUGUGGGCAUUGUGGUGUAUGCAGGUCAUGAAACCAAAGCAAUGCUGAAUAACAGUGGCCCUCGUUACAAACGCAGUAAAUUGGAAAGGAGAGUGAACACUGAUGUCCUUUGGUGUGUUCUGCUUUUGAUUUUAAUGUGUUUAAUUGGUGCUUUAGGUCAUGGAAUUUGGUUAAGUAGCUAUUCGGAGAUGCCUCUUUUUAAUGUCCCUGAGCCCAAUGGAAAAUCCACUCCACCAGCAUUAGCAGGAUUUUAUAUGUUUUGGACAAUGAUCAUUUUAUUACAGGUCUUGAUCCCAAUUUCUCUCUAUGUUUCAAUCGAAGUUGUCAAAUUGGGACAAAUCUAUUUAAUUCAGAAUGAUAUUGACUUGUACCAUGAGAAAACUGACUCCACUAUUCAGUGUCGAGCACUGAAUAUCGCUGAAGACUUAGGUCAAAUCCAGUAUAUCUUCUCUGACAAGACCGGAACCCUCACUGAGAACAAAAUGGUUUUCCGGAGAUGCAGCAUUGCUGGACAGGAAUAUUGCCAUGAGGAGAAUGCCAAGAGGCUGGAAUCCUAUCAAGGGGCUGAUUCAGAGGAUGAAGAUUUAACAGAUGCUCUGUGUGGCUCGUUGAGCUGCAUGCCAAAGCAGAAGGUGCACAGCUGCAGGAUAGUGAGUCGGCCUUUGAACUCCAAGUCUUUGAAUCAGCUGGCUGGUAGCUGUUCUGCCUUAGGAGAGAAAGAUGGAGUCAGUAACAUUCCACACUCAAGACAUGUAGCUUUCAGCAGCCCCAUUGAAACUGAUGUUGUUCCAGAUGCAAAGCUCAUGGAGAAAUUUAGUCAAAUUACCUGUCAUUCAUAUGCACAAUCAGAAGAAACUGACAGAGAGCCAUCCUUGGAGAUAGUAUACAUCACUGACUUCUUUCUUGCUCUGGCAAUCUGUAAUACUGUGGUAGUUUCAGCUCCUAACCAACCACGUCAAAAGAUGAGACUAUCUUCGCUAGGUAGAAUGCCUAUUAAAUCCCUUGAGGAAAUCAAACAGAUGUUCCAGAGGUUGUCAGUCCGAAGGCUGAGUUCAUCACCAGUUCCAAGUGCAAAGGAGUCAUCAUCUGAGAGCCCUAGUACUUUUGUGAGCAAACUAUCUAUUUUCAGAGUGAAGCUGGCUUCACCUGCUAUAGAAGGGGUGGCCCAAACGGCUAAUGAACCUCAGGCUACUGAUAACCUACAAUGCACCAAAGUACCUCCACUUGGACCACUAGAUAGAGUGGACGUAGCUGCAGGCAGUGAGCACUGUGAUGCUGGAUCAUCUCUUGAACAAUCUAUAUCUAAGCUGUGUUAUGAGGCUGAGAGCCCUGAUGAAGCUGCACUAGUUCAUGCUGCCAAGGCUUACAAAUGCACUUUACAGUCUAGGACUCCUGAUCAAGUUACUGUGGACCUGGCUGCUUUGGGAUCUUUGACAUUUCAGCUUUUGCACAUUUUGCCUUUUGACUCAGUACGAAAAAGAAUGUCAGUAGUAGUUAGACAUCCGCUCUCCAACAAAGUGGUGGUGUACACGAAAGGUGCAGAUUCGGUCAUUAUGGAUUUGUUGUGGACAGGACCUGCAGAUGAUGACAAAUCGGAAAUGGAACAAAAGAAAAUUAGGGAGAGAACUCAGAAACACUUAGAUGAUUAUGCCAGAAGAGGACUGCGCACAUUGUGUAUAGCUAAAAAGGUGAUGAGUGAUGCAGAAUAUGCUGAAUGGUUAAAUAGUCAUUUUUUAGCAGAAACCAGUAUUGACAAUAAGGAAGAGCUGCUGCUUGAAUCUGCCAUGAAGCUUGAGACCAAGUUAACACUCCUUGGUGCCACUGGGAUUGAGGAUCGCCUGCAGGAGGGUGUUCCAGACACUAUAGAGGCACUGCGAAAAGCUGGAAUCAAAAUUUGGAUGCUGACGGGAGAUAAACAAGAAACUGCUGUCAAUAUUGCAUAUGCUUGCAGGUUAUUGGAACCAGAUGACAAAAUCUUCACCCUCAAAUCUCUAAAUAAAGAUGCCUGUGCAUUGAUGAUGAACACUAUUUUAGAAGACAUCCAAAAAAGUAUGUGUGCCAAAAAAAAUCACAACUCCAAAUUUAAGAGCGUCUUUCCAGCUUCCUCCUCCCAAGCUCCAGAUUUCAGUGCCGGCCUGGUUAUUGAUGGAAAGACUUUAGAAUAUGCCCUGCACGAGAGCCUGCAAAGUAUCUUCCUGGAACUCACGGAGAAGUGCCGGGCUGUGGUCUGCUGCAGAGCAAUGCCGCUGCAGAAAAGUGAAGUGGUCAAACUGGUGCGAAACAGGUUGAAAGUGAUGACGCUAGCUGUAGGUGACGGUGCCAAUGAUGUCAGUAUGAUCCAAGUGGCUGAUACUGGAGUGGGACUCUCAGGCCAAGAAGGCAUGCAGGCUGUGAUGGCGAGUGACUUUGCAAUUUCGCAGUUCAAACAUCUCAGGAAGCUGCUUCUUGUCCAUGGUCACUGGUGUUACACCAGGCUGGCCAACAUGAUCCUUUAUUUUUUCUACAAGAAUGUGGCCUUUGUAAACCUCCUCUUCUGGUACCAGUUCUUUUGUGGGUUUUCGGGAACGUCCAUGACCGAUUAUUGGGUUUUGAUUUUCUUCAACCUCCUCUUCACUUCGGUGCCACCCAUCAUUUAUGGCAUUCUGGACAAAGAUAUCUCUGCAGAGGUCCUCAUGCAGCUGCCUGAGCUCUAUGUGACUGGUCAGAAGUCUCAGGCAUAUUCACCUCCAACUUUCUGGAUCACCUUGCUAGAUGCUUUUUACCAAAGUCUGGUUUGCUUUUUUGUGCCUUACUUUACUUAUCGUGGCUCUGACAUAGACAUCUUUUCUUUUGGAAACCCGUUAAACACAGCAGCACUCUUCAUAAUAUUACUGCACCUCCUAAUUGAGAGUAAAACUUUGACUUGGAUACACAUGGCUGUUAUGAUAGGUAGCAUCUUACUUUACUUUGUCUUUGCACUGACUUUUGGAGCAACCUGCAAAACCUGUAAUCCACCAUCAAAUCCCUAUUGGAUCAUGGAAAAGCACAUGACAGAUCCAGUGUUUUAUCUGGUUUGCAUCAUUACUACUUGUGUUGCUCUUCUACCCAGAUAUUUGUUCAGAGUUCUUCAAGGGGCACUGUUUCCAUCUCCAGUGUUGAGAGUCAAGCACCUUGACAGACUGACCCCUGAGAAGCAGAGGGAAGCAAUUAAAAAGUGGAAGAAUGAUCGUGUUGGGAAGUGUAGAAUGGGUUUCCAGGGCACUCAUGCAUGUUCCAGGUCUGUUGAAGAUGCUGCAUCAGUAAGAGAAAGCACUGACCACUCUUCAUACAUCCCAGCGUCUAAGACACCUUUUCAUACCUGUCCAGCAGACAGGCCAGUGCAGAAGGCUACUUUAAUAUCAGACAUACAGGAUGAGUUCAGGGAUGUGAACAGCCUGACUUGUGAGAGAGCUGCAUUUUUGAACUCCUCCUCAAAGGAAACCUAUUCAGAAACAUAUGGUACAAAUAAUUCUUGUGCCAGCGUCCCGGAGUUUACUUUUGUAAAGGGCAGCAAUGAAAUUUCUCUAAUAAAUAAGGCAGAUUUGAAUUGUGCUUUGACUGAACAGGAUGUUUUAACAUACCCUGCAAAGCUGGAAUGUUAACUGUUUAAAAAAUACAAGAACAAGAACAUAGGUGCAUUACGUUACAUUCAUGUUUUUUGUUGGUGGUGGUUUUAGGGUUUUUUUUGGUCAAGUCAGUUGAUGCACAAAUUUAUUCAGAAGCCUUUUGCAUUUUUAAAAACAUUUUAAGUAACUUAUUGAGGUAUCCAGAGUCUAAAUGGGCAUGAAGUAUUGUGCAAGUACCAGCUUUAUUAAAAACGCAUAAUUUUUGAUACAUGCUAACUGUAUAACAUAGUAACUUUGAUAAAAAUGACAGUGAUGUAAUUUAAAGACUGUUCUGGUGGAGACACUUUUACCAGUUGACCCUGACUUUGUCAUCCUGAGCUCCACCUAGUGUUGUUGCAAUGUUGUGGUCUGUAGCGAUGUUACAAUGCCAACUAGUGCUGAUAAGGUCCACUGCACUCCUCACCAGGAACCUCUAUGCAAAAUGUUUUUUAUCCUUAUCAUUCUGUUUGUGAUCAUAUCAACGUGGAGGGUCUAGGCCAGCAAGAUUUACAGAACACACUGGCCGUUUUCAAAGUCCAUUUUAUGAAAAAAUAAAACCUUCAGUAUCA